AUGCAUGAAGCUUAUGAUUUGUUACCUUUAUUAAAGUUAACCGUUCAAAUAGAAUCUAUUGCUGCAUACGAUGAUCGUUUAUUAGUAGGAACCAAACAAGGGCAUUUACUUACUUACGUUAUUGUAAAGCAUUUAGGUGAACAUAAACAUGACGUUCAGCUAUUGAGUUAUAAUAGAAAUUUCAGUAAAAAACCUAUUCAACAAUUGGAGGUCGUUUCAGCUUAUCAUUUAUUAAUUAGCUUAUCAGAUAAUGUAGUCAGCGUUCACAAUUUGUAUAGUAUUAAAUCUCAUUCUAACAUUUCUUCAACUACCGUUUUGGAAAAAACAAGAGGAGCGACAUUAUUUACAUUAGAUGUUCAAAAUCAAAAAUCUUUAACAGGAGAAAUCAGUGUGUUUGUUCGACUUUGUGUAGCAGUGAAAAGAAAAUUACAAUUUUAUUAUUGGAAAAAAGAUUCAUUUUCGGAACUUCAGUCUGAAAUAGUUGUAAAUGAUGUUCCAAGAUGUAUUUCAUGGUAUCAAGACACUCUAUGUAUCGGAUUUAAAGGAGAAUAUAGCCUUCUUACACUGUCUUCUGGUAAUUCCAAAGAGCUAGUACUAGUUGGAAAAGCUCCUGAACCUAGUAUAACAAAGCUGGGAGAUGAUAUUUUUGCUGUCGGAAAAGAUUCUCAAACAAUAUUUGUAAAUACUACUGGGGAUCCAAUUUUAAAAUAUUCUGUUAAGUGGCCUGAGGCUCCCACAUCAUUAAUUUAUGAUGAUCCAUAUUUAAUAGCACUUUUACCAGAAUCUCUACAAGUAAGAACGAUAGGUCCAAAUUUAUUUAUUCAAGUUUUAUCUGUAUCCAAAGUAAAACUUAUAGUGGGGAAUAAACAAGGUUUGCUGUAUUUAGCAUCGCAAAAUAAUGUUUGGUGCCUUGAAUCUGUACCUAUUUCUCAACAAAUCAAAACCCUAUUAGAAGAAAAGCAAUUUCAAUUAGCACUUAGACUAGCAAAUAUCACUGAUGAAUGCGAAAGUGAUAAGCAAAAAAAUAUUCACGAAAUUCAAACUUUGUUUGCAUAUCAUUUGUUUUAUUCGAAACAAUUUCAAGAUAGCAUGAAACAAUUUUUAACAUUGGGAACAGAUCCGAGAAACGUCAUUAAUUUAUUUCCAGAAUUAUUAACCAAUCAAAAAAAAAAUAACACCGGGGAUCCAAAUUUUAAAUUAAGGGAAAAAGAAAUGGAAAUCGGUUUGUUAGCACUUGUUGAAUAUUUAACCGAAGUUAGACACGAUUUAAUGAAUUUGAAAGAACCUAAAAAGGGAGAAAAUGCAUUAUUGUCCGUUAUUGACACGACUCUACUCAAAUGUUAUUUACAAACGAACGACGCCAUGAUUGCUCCCAUUCUCAGAUUGAACAAAGUAAAUUUUAAAGAAACGGAAAGAGUAUUGAAAAAGCAUAAAAAAAUAAGCGAGCUAGUCAUUUUAUAUCAAACGAAAGGUUUUCACCGUGAGGCUUUGUCAUUGCUCAAACAACAACCGCAAGAUUUACAUAAAAUGAUUCAAUACCUACAACAUUUGGGAUCUGAUUAUUUACAAUUAAUUUUUGAGUUUGGUGAUUGGGUAAUCGAAGAAGAUCCAAUACCAGGUUUAAAAAUUUUUACAGAAGAUAUAACGGAAGAACAUGCGAUACAUGUUUGGAAAGACAUGAAUCCGAUUUUGCACACGACUCUCGUUAAUUUAUACGAAGAAAAAUAUCAAGAAUUGGUAAAUUCCGGCGCCCCCCAAGAAGAUUCGGAAAAAUUAAGGCGGAAAUUAUUAGAAUUUUUACAAUUUUCCGAUUCGUACAAUCCUCAAACGUUAUUGGAUAAAUUUCCAAAAGAUUGCAUGUUUGAAGAAAGAGCCAUUUUGUUGGGAAAGCAAGGAUUUCACGAGCAAGCACUUUCUAUAUACGUUUGCGUUUUGAAAAACAUACCGAGAGCUAAAAAAUAUUGCGAAGAGAUUUACAGUAGGCAAAUGGCGGAAUCGAAAGAAGUUUUCGUUUUGCUUAUGAAAAUUCUCAUAUGUCCUCCGGAAAGUUGGCUGGGUGGCCUUCAAGAACAUCAUAAUUCAAACGUUCAACCCGAUCUUGAAACCGCGUUGAAUAUUUUAGAAGAACACGCGGAUAAAAUCAGUCCCGCGUUAUCCGUGUUACCCGAUAACAUACCGCUACCGAGAGUCAAAUAUUUUUUGGAGACGUGUCUCCAGAAUAGAUUACACGAAAGACGUACGACGCAAAUAUUGAAGGGUCUUGUUUACGCGGAACACUUACAAGUACAAGAUGAAAGAUUAAAAAACGAAUCCGAAUGCGUGCUCAUGACCGAAUUGAACGUUUGUCCCGUUUGUAAAAAAAGAUUCACGAAUCAAAGCGCUUUUGCACGAUUGCCAACGCGUGAAGUUGUUCAUUACGGAUGUCAAAAAGAAAAAAAAACCGUUUUAGCCGUUUGA